GUGGCGCAAGUAGACGAGACAGGGCGCCGCGCCGCCGGCACCAUGCGCCCCCCGUCUGCGCUGGCUCUGGCCGCGCUCUGCCUGCUGGCGCUGCCCGCCGCCGCCGCCGCCGCCUACUUCGGCCUGACCGGGCGGGAGGUCCUGACGCCCUUCCCAGGGCUGGGCACUGCGGCGGCCCCAGCACAGGGCGGGGCCCACCUGAAGCAGUGUGACCUGCUGAAGCUGUCCCGCCGGCAGAAGCAGCUCUGUCGGCGGGAGCCCGGCCUGGCGGAGACCCUGCAGGACGCUGCCCACCUCAGCCUGCUCGAGUGCCAGUUCCAGUUCCGGCACGAGCGCUGGAAUUGCAGCCUGGAGGGGAGGACAGGCCUGCUCAAGAGAGGUUUCAAGGAGACGGCCUUCCUGUACUCGGUGUCCUCGGCAGCCCUCACCCACACACUGGCCCGGGCCUGCAGCGCCGGGCGCAUGGAACGCUGCACCUGCGACGACUCUCCAGGCCUGGAAAGCCGGCAGGCCUGGCAGUGGGGCGUGUGUGGCGACAACCUCAAGUACAGCACCAAGUUUCUGAGCAACUUCCUGGGGCCCAAGAGAGGAAGCAAAGACCUGCGGGCACGGGCAGAUGCCCACAAUACCCAUGUGGGCAUCAAGGCUGUGAAGAGUGGUCUCAGGACCACUUGUAAGUGCCAUGGCGUGUCGGGCUCCUGUGCCGUGCGCACCUGCUGGAAGCAGCUCUCCCCAUUCCGAGAGACGGGCCAGAUGCUGAAGCUGCGCUAUGACUCAGCUGUCAAGGUGUCCAGUGCCACCAACGAGGCCUUGGGCCGCCUGGAGCUGUGGGCACCUGCUAGGCCAGGGAGCACGACCAAGGGCCUGGCCCCCCGGCCCGGGGACCUGGUCUACAUGGAGGACUCACCCAGCUUCUGCCGGCCCAGCAAGUACUCCCCUGGCACAGCAGGCCGAGUGUGCUCCCGGGAAGCCAGCUGCAGCAGCCUGUGCUGCGGGCGGGGCUACGACACCCAGAGCCGCCUGGUGGCCUUCUCCUGCCACUGCCAGGUGCAGUGGUGCUGCUACGUGGAGUGCCAGCAGUGCGUGCAGGAGGAGCUCGUGUACACCUGUAAGCACUAGGUCUGUUGCCCAAUGUGCCAGCGGGGCACUGCCAGGACCCCCCUAGGUGCCCGGCACCUUGAAGCCACCCAGCUGUUCAGCUGGCCCCUCCGGGCAGGUACACCUGCAUGCAUGCGCUCGUCGAUGUAUGUGCCAGAGCACGCACACUCCUCUCUCCAUCGGGCCAGCUGUCUUCCCUUCCCUCGGCUCUCAGAAUGAGAGAUGCAGGCCCUACCCCUGAAGCCAGGGUCUCCAGCCUUUUUGAGGACUUGGAAGAGGAAGGCAGAAUGGGAAAGAUGUGGAAGGAAAUAAGGAAGACCAGGAAGAGGGCAAAACUGAGGUUUAGAGGGGAGAGGGGGAAUCUCCCACCAUCUCAGUUCCUGGGAUAAGUGGUCUUGAGCCGGAAAGAGGCAGGAAGUUGAGCUUCUGGGUCAAGCAGGCACAGGGAGGCAGUGUCAGCUGGAAGCCGAGGCUGGAGUCUGGCCGGGAUGGCACGGUCCCUCCCGUUGGCCCUGCUCAGGUCGCAGUGAGCCUGGGGACCACACACCAUCACCACCUGAAUGGCUUUGCUGUACUAGAGAUGAGGGGAAAGGCCAGGUGAUAGGAGCUGUUGGUUUGGAGGAAAAAAAAGCUUUUUGGGCAUGAGUGGACCCAAGUCAGAUACAUGCCCCGAACUCUGUGUCCUUGACUUUGGUUUUAAAAUAUGCCCACGCUGAGGCCUCAUUCUCGUCCUGAGAGCUGUAAUCCACACCCACCCAGCCCUGCUCAGACCACCAGCAGAUGUGAGACCAAUAGGGAGAGCCAGCCCCCAGGAUGGGGCUCCAGGAUGGGGCUCAGACGGGGCACCGAGGUGGCACAGGGACACCGAGGACCCGUUCUGUUUUCCCUGGGACAUGGAACCUUUAGUCCCAGCCCAGGAGAGGGUCACCACCCCCUGGCGCCAGGCAAGGAUGUGGCAAGCUCAGUUUCCCGACCUCCCUUGGAGCCCGCUCUGGCCAACCGCCCAGUGGCUGGGGUUCCCUCCGUGCUGUGAGGCUCCCACGUGGUUGGCACUUGUGAUGCAGGAGAGUUGGCAUAUGCCUUCCGAUUCUGGUCACACUUCUGCUCUUACAGCUGCUCGUCUAAUUAAGGUUUCCCUGGCUAAGUUUUCAUGUACAGGGACAUGAAAAGUCUUUGCUACGCCUGGUUUCUUGGGGGCCCCUUAAUUUGCUAUUGGGCCCACACUCUGGUUCUACCUGAGGAACAGAAGUGACUUUGGUAGUUUCCUCCAAUCCUGUGGACAUUUUCAGUGCUACCUAUCAGGCCCUGUGUGGGGGCAGGAGAGAGAGGCCGAUACACGCACGCCCGCGCCCGCACACCCCUUGGACCUGCCAGGCUGAGGGUUCCCGUUCAGCAGCACACAGCCCUCUGGUUCAGGACCAAGGCCUUGCAGGGAUCACUUUUCUGGAGGCUGUGUGCUUCCCCAGAGCAGGGCUCAAUGCCAGCUGGGAGGAAGUGACCUCCUCUGGGAUGCCCUUGGCCACUCUGCUGUCCCUGCCACACCCUCUGUCAGCUUCCUUUCUCCCUGAACUCAGAGUUGCUGACCCUCGGCUGAAACAGGAAACAUCAGAAUCAGCUGAAUGCUCCAAAACUGUCCACACAAGCCCCAGGAAGAAGCCCUGGGGGCCCCCUGAGACCCGCAAGGGUGAGAAGAAGCUACCCUGUCCUCAGUGGACCGGGGCAUCCUUCAGGAUUCUGGAAGGAUCUUUGGCUGCGGUGGCUCUGAUGAGACCCCUUUCUGGGUUGACUGCUGACCCAAGCGGCUGGCCCACAUCUUGGCAGAAAGAGCGAAACGGAGACAGGACUGGUUUGCUCGUUUCUUUCCCCCACUCAUCGCAUGGAGACGUCCUCUCACUUGGCCAAUUCAUCCUGCUCCUCUGAGACCCAACACAGCCUCCACCCUGGCGCAGCCCGAGAUUCAGAAAGAGGGGUCCUGACCCACCAACACGCCAUCUGCGCCCCAGCUCCACGGCCGGCAGUGUCAGGGCUGCAGGAGGAUAAAGGGCCGACUCCCAGGGGCCAACACCAUGGCUGGCCACCGACGCUCACAACCUAGGCCGAGGGCACGGGUGCAGGCUCUGAGGGCCGCUCGGCCUAUAGGGUCAUCCCUCUCCGGCCCUCUCCUCUCUUCUCCGCCCUUGCUCCCUCUCUUCCUCUUCCAGUUGCCCCCAAAGUUCCACCUCAGCCCUGCUGGGACCUGGGGACCAGUUACCACUGACCUCUCAUUCUGUAUAGCUUUAAGGGAAGCACUCACAGGGUAUUUGUUGUCUACCUCACUUAAAGAGAAUAAUUUAUAUAGCUAAGAUAUAUGAGAAAAUAUUUAUGUUAUUUAUAUAGUUUCUGUAUUCUAUGGGCAGCACCUGCGGCACCCCUCCCCCACACCCCACCCUUCUGCGUGAGCCCUAGGGGCCUUCAUCCCCACCCUCCUUGUGAAACCUGUAACUUCCCUGCUCUCCCAGGCCCAGGCCCCCUUUCUCCCUCUGGCAGAACUGUCUUGCUCAUAAUAAUGACAAUGACAACAAGGAUGACCACGCCUUGCCUUUGUAAAGCACUUUCACCCCUUUACUCUCCCUUGCUUUCCCCACUAUCCCUGCCAGUGGGUGGGGCCACACGCUGGGCCCGUUUCACAGCUGUGGCCCAGGGACCCAGGGCUGUGCUCAAGGUCACACAGAAGAGGUCCCUUCAGCGACUAUUUCCUAGGCUUCUCCACAGGCCAGGCACUAAGGGAGCUGACCUAGCCUGAGCCCAGGAGCCCCAAAGCCUGGAUACGUCCCAAGCCCAAGGACCCAAGGAAGUGGCUGCUUCCCUGACCAUGUGUAACACGGGCCACCUGGGUCAGGACAGCACUUCGACAUUUUUCUAAGUGGAGUCCUGUGUCCCACGAGCUAGGACUGCCCGAGGAGUCUAGAGAGGCUGGGACACCAUGAAGGCCACUCCAGGGGCUCCACCACCGGCCCCCCUCCUUCCGCCUAGGCUGCCCGAGCUGGUGGGUGACAUCACAGGGCUCCUCCCAGCCACUGAGGGGCUUGUUUGCUCUUAUGUAUGUUUUUCUUUUUAAAAUGGAUUAUUUGCCAUUGGCUUUCUGCCUUUUCUUGUAAAAUCAGCUGCAUUGGCAGAGUGGACUUGCAUCCCCACCUGGCCACAGUCUGCUAGAAGGGGGGCCCCAAGAGACAGGAGGCAUGGGCUCCCCUAUUUGCCAAGUACCACCCACGUCCACCCACAUGGCUCUGGAUCAUCCUUGUGGCUCCCGUGGGCACGUCAUGUGCAUCCCCUGGUGCAGAUAAACCCGGCCUCCCCGGUGUCCUCUACUGCCCGGAAGACAGUUGGACAGACCGAUGCCAACCCUGAAGACUUUCUUGCUUUCCAGAGUUUUCUUUCUCAACAGCCAUGAACUUCAAAUGCUUUUGAUCUUAGUGCAUUUGAGGAGUACAAUGGGAACUAUCAUACACUGAGUACCUGUUCUGUCCAUCCAUGCUAUCGACAAUUGUUUAGGGAGCUCCUACUGAGCGCCAGGCACCACCUGUGGGGCUGGGGUGCAGCGGUGAGCAGCGACCAUGUCCCUGCCUCUUGGGGCUGAGGCUCUAGUGGGGGAGAGAGACAAUAAACCA